AAAAUCACAUAGCAGCUGCACUCUUCUUUCUUCUCUUCUGUAGCUCACCCCUGAAACCGUAAAACCAAACCCUCGUCCCUCCACCACCACAUCCAAACCCUUCCAUUAUAUAAUUACAAAACAAAUAUAUUCUUAAAAUAGAAAACCAAACCAAGCCCCCAUUAACUUCUCGAUCUCUCUCUCUCUCUCUCUCUUAAGAAAAUUUCCCCUUUCUUCAAACUCUUAUUAGCUUCUUCUUCUGCUUCAGCUUGGUUCUCGAGAUCUGCGUGUCCUGGAACCUCAAGACAAGUGAAAAUUAAAUUCUAGUUUCUUUUUGACAUUUCGUUCAUGGGGGAUGCGGAAAAUGCUCUUCCACCCUCAAAGAAGAGGGCUGCAGGAAGGGAAAUCUCUCGAGAUAACCCAGGUCUUGAUGAUGACGAUGAUGCUUCCGAACAAGAAAGUGGAACAUUCAAAAGAGCCAGUGAGGAGGUCUUGGCAACAAGAAGAAUUGUCAAAGUUCGCCGCCAGCCCUCUGCUCCCUCUUCCAAUCCUUUUGCAGGGAUCAGGUUGCUUCCUACGGCAGAAGCACAAGCUGCUGGUGAGAAAACAGUUUCAGGUGAUGUAGAUGGACAGCCAAAAACCAGUGCUGAGAAUGAGAAGGGUAAAGAUGACGAAAAUAAGCAGUCCGAAGUCCAGGAUAAUGAUGCUGAGGUUCAAGUGGAGAGUAAGGUUGAGGCCAACACCGAGGGGGAGGUUAAUGCAGAAUCUGCUGUAGAGGAGAAAGGUAGUACUGCCAUUGAUGAAGUGAAACCUGUUACAGAUAAUGAACCAGCUCCAAUCGAACAUAAGACUGAAAACAACGAUGAGAAGGGUGGGAAUGACGAUAAGAACGAUGAGAAGAGUGGGAAUGACGAUAAGAAAGAUGACAAGACUGAAAAUGCAGACCCAAGUGUAGAAAGCACUCCUUUGAGCUCAUUUCAACAGCUUUCAAGUAGCCAAAAUGCUUUUACGAAUCUUUCUGGAACUGGAUUUUCCUCGUCUACAUUUUCCUUUGGCUCUAUUGCAAAGGAUGGAUCUGCAUUUGGCACAAGUUCUGUUUCGCUUUUUGGAUCAAAAACUGACCAACCUUCUUUUGGUCUUGGUCUCACUAACAAUGGAAACUCUUCCCUUUUCGGCACGUCAAGCACAUCUGCUGUAUCUAAGAGUGAAGGAAGUGGUUUUCCAUCAAUGCAAGAGGUUGAAGUUGAGACAGGGGAAGAAAAUGAGGAAGUUGCUUUCAAUGCUGAUUCUGCCUUGUAUGAAUUUAUGGAGGGUGGCUGGAAAGAACGUGGAAAGGGUGAACUCAAGAUCAACGUUUCAAAACCUGCCAAGGACAAGGCCAGACUUCUCAUGAGAACAAAGGGAAAUUACAGGCUAAUCUUGAAUGCUAGUCUUUUCCCAGACAUAAAGCUCACAAGUAUGGACAAGAAGGGCGUAUCCUUUGCCUGUGUGAACAGUAAUAGUGAAGGUGCAGGCGGUUUCUCUACAUAUGCUUUGAAAUUCAAAGAUCCCUCUGUAGUGGAAGAGUUUCGUGGGGCUGUAACUGCAUACAAAGGGAAGGCUUCUACGGUUCUGAAUACACCAGAGAAUUCUCCCAAGGCUUCUGAUGAGUGAUGAGUUAAAGGUGCUCCCCCUGUUCAUCUGCGGAUAUUUUCUCUCAUGAAGUUUGCUGUUAUCUAUGGCAACUGUUAUCUUUAAUUGCAAACAUAUUAAAAGGAAGCUGUUUAGAAUUCGGGAAUGUUAUGCCCCUUUUGUAGCAGAGUCAUAGACGUACCCCUUUUUGUUGUAGCUUAAAUCCGUUUUAGUGUUUGGGAGUGUUGAACUUUCAGUUUGGGUCCAGACUGAGACUGCAUAGAAUGUUUGACACAGUUUUAUAGCUGGCCUAUUAUUAAUAUAUGAGAUAUAUGGGGACUCGUAUUUCUUGAUAUGAAA